AUGCCUGGCCGCCUCCAAUACAAGUCUGCUAUCGUUACCGGUGCUGGAUCCGGCAUCGGCCUCGAAACAAGCAUUCUCUUCGCACAAGAGGGUGCGAAUGUGCUGCUCGUCGAUAUCAACCUCGAAGCAGCAGAAAAAGCGGCUGCCCUCAUCGCUCAGAAGUCUCCGAACGUCAAGGCGAUCGCCGCCAAAGCAGAUGUCGGCAAGGAGGCGGAUAUCAAGGCAGCUGUAGACAAGGCAGUGAAGGAAUUCGGCCGAUUGGACGUGAUAUUCAAUAAUGCCGGAAUAAUGCAUCCGGCAGACGACAACGCUCUCAACACAGAAGAACGCAUCUGGGAUUUGACCAUGCAGAUCAAUGUUAAGGGUGUCUGGUGGGGCUGCAAGUACGCUAUUCUGGCCAUGCGCGAAAACCCUACGGAUGCGUCCAAGGGCUUGCAUGUCGGCGGAAGCAUCAUCAACACUGCCAGCUUUGUCGCAUCGAUGGGCGCUGCUACUCCCCAGCUUGCAUACACAUCAUCGAAGGGCGCUGUGCUUGCGAUGACGCGCGAGCUCGCUAUGAUCCACGCUCGUGAGGGCAUCCGCGUGAACAGUGUUAGCCCCGGUCCUUUGAAGACUCCCCUCCUCAUGGACUUCCUUGACACACCUGAGAAGCGCGACCGCCGUCUGACCCAUCUACCAAUGGGUCGUUUCGGCGAAGCAGUCGAAGUCGCCAAAGCAACUUUAUUCUUGGCUACGGACGAAAGCAGCUACAUGACGGGCAUCGAUGUCAAGGUGGACGGCGGUUUGACAUCAGCAUAUGUGACUGCCCUUGGGGAGCCCGUCCUCCCUCCUCCCUCUAGCCUCGUUUAA